AAAUCCCCUUAAGAACACAACUCGUUCACUCCAAUUUGGCCUCUAAAAUACCAAACCAUCCAAACCCACCCCCAAAACACCCUGUUUUAGACCACUUUUACAGUUCCCAUGCACCUAUUAACGUAACGAAACCGCACUAUCUUUACACUUUUUCUCAAAACUUGAACCUUUUGUUUUUUUCUUUUCUCUUUCUCAACUAGAUCAAACCCAAAGAAAAAAUUAAGCAUCUUGGUGAUCAAAAUUAAAUCCAAUUUCGGAUUUAAAAUGCAGGGUUUCAAAGUUCCGAUGGUUGUAAAUCUAUUUGUUGUUCUGAUUGCUAUUGCCUCUACUCCAAUCAAUGGCUUGGAUUCAAGGAAGCUAGAUGAAGUUCCAGCGCCUGGGGGUGAAAAGUGCGCUCCAUGCACCCAAUACCCACCACCAUCGCCAUCUCCGCCGCCGCCAUCACCACCACCACCUCCGGCAUCACCACCGCCAUCUCCACCUUCUCCGAAAAAGCCGCCAACCCAGUACUGCCCUCCACCGCCAUCAUCAUUUCUGUACAUAACUGGUCCACCGGGGAACUUGUACCCUGUUGAUGGGGAUUUCAAUGGAGCCACUAAGAAGAAUUUGGUCAUGGGGUUGCCUUUUUUGGUUGGCUUUGGAUUGUUGCUGGGUCUUGUAGCUUUUUGAUGACCUUUUUUAUACGGUAAGAUUUUAAGAUUUUAAGCGUAUGGAAAUUUUUCAUGGACAGGGGUAAGAUAUAAAAAAAAAAAAAGGGAAAGCAGGGGAGUUUUGUACCUAAACAAGGAAAAGUGUUUUAGUAUCUUAGUUUGGAAGCACUACUUUCUCUCAAUUGUUCAAUAACUUUGAAAUAACAAGAUUUUCCUGUUUUCAAUUUGUUUUUAUCAUCUCAUCGAGAAAUUGUAAUGAACUUCUUUUGUUUUCAUCUUGUAUAACAAAAAGAUGUUGAUGAUCUA